UUUUAAUGUCAAUAAAGCCAUGAAUUUUAAGGUUAACCGUUAAAAAAAUGUAAUUAAAAGUUAAAUAUAAAUAAAAAUAUUUUACAAUUAUUUCAUGUGUCAUUUUGAAAAGCAGUGCCAUAAUAUAAUAUUUACUGAAGUUAUUGUUUAAUUACAAAACGUCAAAAUGCCGUGUGAAAUGAUAACAUUACAACUCGGCCAAUGCGGAAAUCAAAUUGGAUUCGAAUUUUGGAAGAGGCUUUGUGCCGAACAUGGCAUUAGUCCUGAGGGAAUUUUGGAAGAUUAUGCUACAGAAGGAACUGAUAGGAAAGAUGUAUUUUUUUAUCAAUCUGACGAUGAACAUUACAUUCCACGUGCUGUUCUUUUGGAUUUGGAACCCCGGGUUAUUCAUACUAUUAUGAAUUCUCCAUAUUCUAAGCUUUAUAAUCCAGAGAAUAUCUAUUUAUCGAAACAUGGAGGUGGUGCAGGAAAUAAUUGGGCCUCUGGUUAUCAUCAAGGCGAAAAACUUCAGGAGGAGAUUUUCGAUAUUUUAGAUCGAGAAGCAGACGGAAGUGAUAGUUUAGAGGGCUUUGUUCUUUGUCAUUCGAUAGCAGGUGGAACUGGUUCGGGAAUGGGUUCGUUUAUGUUGGAAAGUUUGGCCGAUAGAUUUCCAAAAAAAUUAAUUGAAACUUACAGUGUAUUUCCAAAUCAAGAUGAAAUAAGUGAUGUUGUUGUUCAGCCAUAUAAUUCAUUGCUCACAUUGAAACGAUUAACACAAUGUGCCGAUUGUGUUGUUGUUUUGGAUAAUACAGCUUUAAAUAGAAUUGCCUCGGAUAGAUUGCACAUACAAAAUCCAAGUUUUACGCAAAUUAAUAAAUUGGUCUCAACAAUUAUGUCUGUCAGUACCACAACUCUCAGAUAUCCUUCCUAUAUGAAUAAUGAUCUGGUGGGCUUAAUAGCGCCUCUAAUUCCUACUCCAAGAUUGCAUUUUCUGAUGACGGGAUAUACUCCACUUACUACAGACCAAGAGGGAGCGUCAGUUAGAAAAACUUCAGUAUUAGACGUUAUGCGACGAUUAUUGCAACCGAAAAAUAUGAUGGUUUCAACAGCUUUGGAUAGAAAUGCAGCACAUUGUUAUAUAUCAAUUUUAAAUAUUAUUCAGGGCGAAGUUGAUCCUACACAAGUGCACAAAUCAUUGCAAAGAAUUAGAGAAAGAAAACUCGCACAAUUCAUUCCUUGGGGUCCAGCCAGUAUUCAAGUGGCUCUCUCCAGAAAAUCUCCUUAUAUUCAAAGCACUCAUCGCGUCUCGGGUUUGAUGUUAGCGAAUCACACAAACAUCUCAUCGCUUUUUGAUCGAGCACUACAGCAAUACGACAAAUUGCGUAAAAGAGAAGCUUUUCUGGAGCAAUUCCGCAAGGAAAAAAUGUUCGAGGAAAAUCUAAACGAACUGGAUAAUUCGAGGGAAGUAGUGGAUUAUUUAGUGAAAGAAUAUCAAGCAGCUACAAAAGCAGAUUAUCUUACUUGGAGUCCAAGUAAAGCUGAAUAAAAAAAAAGAAACUACAUUUUCUAUAAUUUAAAAAAAAAUUACACUUGCCAAUUUAUUAAGUGAUUUUCUGGAGAAAUACUCAUUUGCAUUCUUUUUUUUAUAAUCUUAGAAAUCAAUUUUUUUAAGAAACUUUAUUAAAUAAUAACAUUUAGA